AUGCCGGGCCGCGCGCUGCUCCCGGCGCUGGCGCUGGCGCUCGGGGCGCUGCCGCGGGCCGCGGCCAUAGAGGAGGAGCCGGGCGCGCGCGGCGGGAGCGGCUUCCAGGUGAUCAGCUUCGAGUGGCGCCACGUCCAGGACCCGUACAUCAUCGCGCUCUGGAUCCUCGUGGCCAGCCUGGCCAAGAUCGUGUUCCACCUGUCCCACAAGGUCACCAGGGUGGUCCCCGAAAGCGCUCUGCUCAUCGUCUUGGGCGUGGUGCUUGGCGGCAUCGUCUGGGCGGCCGACCACAUUGCUUCCUUCACGCUCACGCCCACGGUCUUCUUCUUCUACCUGCUGCCGCCCAUCGUGCUGGAUGCCGGCUACUUCAUGCCCAACCGGCUCUUCUUUGGCAAUCUGGGCACCAUCCUGCUGUACGCUGUCAUCGGCACCGUGUGGAAUGCAGCCACCACAGGCCUCUCACUCUACGGAGUCUUUCUCAGCGGCCUGAUGGGUGAGCUGAGAAUCGGGCUCCUGGACUUCCUGCUGUUCGGCAGCCUGAUUGCUGCUGUGGACCCCGUGGCUGUGCUGGCUGUGUUUGAGGAAGUGCAUGUGAACGAGGUCCUGUUCAUUAUCGUUUUUGGGGAGUCUCUGCUGAACGACGCGGUGACUGUGGUCCUGUACAACGUAUUUGAGUCUUUCGUGUCUCUGGGCGGUGACAACGUGACUGGUGUGGACUGCGUGAAAGGCAUAGUGUCCUUCUUCGUGGUGAGCCUGGGCGGCACGCUGGUGGGGGUCAUCUUUGCCUUCCUGCUGUCCCUGGUGACGCGCUUCACCAAGCACGUGCGCAUCAUCGAGCCUGGCUUCGUCUUCGUCAUCUCCUACCUGUCCUACCUGACGUCGGAGAUGCUGUCCUUGUCAGCCAUCCUGGCCAUCACCUUCUGUGGCAUCUGCUGCCAGAAGUAUGUGAAGGCCAACAUCUCAGAGCAGUCAGCCACCACCGUGCGCUACACCAUGAAGAUGCUGGCCAGCGGGGCUGAGACCAUCAUCUUCAUGUUCCUGGGCAUCUCGGCCGUGGACCCACUCAUCUGGACGUGGAACACGGCCUUCGUGCUGCUCACUCUGGUCUUCAUUUCUGUGUACCGGGCCAUUGGCGUGGUCCUACAGACCUGGAUCUUGAACCGCUACCGAAUGGUGCAGCUGGAGACCAUCGACCAGGUGGUCAUGUCCUACGGCGGGCUGCGUGGGGCCGUGGCCUACGCCUUAGUUGUGCUUCUGGACAAGAACAAGGUCAAGGAGAAGGACCUGUUUGUCAGCACCACGCUCAUUGUGGUCUUCUUCACGGUCAUCUUCCAGGGCCUGACCAUCAAACCCCUGGUGCAGUGGCUGAAGGUGAAGAGGAGUGAGCAGAGAGAGCCAAAGCUCAAUGAGAAGCUGCAUGGCCGGGCUUUUGAUCACAUCCUCUCAGCCAUCGAGGACAUUUCUGGGCAAAUUGGACACAAUUAUCUCAGAGAUAAGUGGUCCAACUUCGACAGGAGGUUCCUCAGCAAGGUCCUCAUGAGAAGGUCAGCCCAGAAGUCUCGAGAUCGGAUUCUGAAUGUUUUCCACGAGCUGAACCUGAAGGAUGCUAUUAGCUAUGUGGCUGAGGGCGAGCGCCGAGGGUCUCUGGCCUUCAUUCGCUCCCCAAGCACAGACAACAUGGUCAACGUGGACUUCAGCACACCUCGUCCGUCCACCGUGGAGGCCUCUGUCUCCUACCUCUUGAGGGAGAAUGUCAGCACCGUGUGCUUGGACAUGCAGUCCCUGGAACAGAGGCGGAAGAGCAUCCGAGACACCGAGGACAUGGUCACUCACCACACGCUGCAGCAGUACCUGUACAAGCCCCGGCAGGAGUACAAGCACCUCUACAGUCGGCACGAGCUCACGCCGAGCGAGGAUGAGAAGCAGGACAAGGAGAUUUUCCACAGGACCAUGAGGAAGCGCCUGGAGUCCUUCAAGUCAGCCAAGUUGGGCCUCAACCAGAAUAAGAAGGCAGCAAAGCUGUACAAGAGGGAGCGCGCGCAGAAGCGGAGGAACAGCAGUAUCCCCAAUGGAAAGCUGCCGGUGGAGAAUCCCGCACUCAGCUUCAUCCUCCAGGAGAAAGAGCUGGAGCUUUCAGAGCCGGAGGAGACCCCGGAAUACCAAGCAGAGGAAACCAGCGGGGGAAUCGAGUUCCUAGCGAAUGUCACGAAGGACGUGGCCUUAGACUCCUCAGCAGGCAUUGACAACCCCGUGUUCUCCCCGGAUGAGGAUCUGGACCCGAGCCUCCUGUCCAGGGUGCCGCCCUGGUUGUCCCCUGGGGAGACCGUGGUACCCUCUCAGAGGGCCCGAGUUCAGAUCCCCCACUCUCCCGGCAACUUCCGCCGUCUGACGCCAUUCCGCCUCAGCAACAAAUCGGUGGACUCCUUUCUUCUGGCCGAUGGCUCGGAGGAGCGGCCUCCUGGCGCUGUCCCGGAGUCCACACACAUGUGACCCCGGCCCCGCCGCGCCGCCGACCGCACAUCCGUCUCCGUCUCCGCGUCGGGCGGCCCCGCUGGCGCUGCAGCUCCC